GAUGUUAACGGGGCACUGGGCAGACCCGCUGACAACGCGGAACUAGUAGAGGAUUCACGUGAUUGUCAGUCGGACAUGUUUCCCCAGCGGACAAUUUACAACUCGUCUGGACGGCUACGAUGUAUUCAGCAGGAACAGAGAGUUUGAUCAAACAAGCCAGGGAGAUCGGGGAGGAGGAGCUACAGAAGUUCUACAGCAGGAUCACCAAGCAGCUGACGGGUAAAGAACACGGCCAUGAUGUCAUCGACUCACUCCAGAGACUGCACCUGAUCAUGGCCUCCACCAAGUACACUAGGAGGCUGCCAGUGGAGCUGCAUCGACGUCUCCUGUCGCUUUGUGUGUCUUCCUCUGUGGAGCAGCUGACUGUGUUGACCUCAGCAGUCCUCAGAGAAACACUGCCCCCCUCUGGUCCGGGGCAGAUCUACACCCUAAAUGACUACAGCCCUUUAACCAGUCACACUGCUGCCGUAGCGCUGUCACAGGUACACAUCC